CUUUUUUUUUGUAGUUGACGGACUGUAUCAAGAAGCACACCGCCCUUUUGCGUGGUUCAUAAGGAAAUAGGGAGGUCUUGAAUUUAGCUGCAGUUCAGUAUAUCAAAAAUGCAGGAUCCAAAUGAAGACACUGAAUGGAACGACAUUCUCAGGAAAAAAGGCAUCCUUCCCCCCAAGGAAACGCCGAAAGAAGAUGAGGAGGGAGAGCAAAUCCUCCAGCAACAGUCAGUUGUAAAAACCUACGAAGAUAUGACCCUGGAAGAACUUGAGGAAAAUGAAGACGAGUUCAGCGAGGAGGACGAAGCGGCCAUCGAGAUGUACAGACAAAAAAGACUUGCAGAAUGGAAAGUCAAUCAGAUGAAGAAUAUAUUUGGUGAGGUGAAAGAGAUAUCGGGACAAGACUAUGUACAGGAAGUGAACAAAGCAGGUCAGGGCAUCUGGGUAGUGCUACACCUCUACAAACAGGGAAUCCCACUUUGCACACUGAUAAACCAGCACCUCUCAGUCCUGGCCGGGAAGUUUCCCCAGACGAAGUUCCUUAAGUCCAUCUCUAGCACCUGCAUCCCCAACUACCCUGACAGGAAUCUACCCACUAUCUUCGUCUACUUUGAGGGUGACAUGAAAGCACAGUUCAUCGGGCCGCUGGUGUUUGGUGGCAUGAAUUUAAAAAUUGAAGAGCUUGAGUGGAAUCUUUCAAAGACUGGAGCUGUGAAGACAGAUUUGGAGGAGAACCCAAGGAAACAGAUAGAAGACAAGCUCAUGUCGUCCAUCCGGUGCUCCCUGCCCACAAAAAAGGACAGCGAGUCUGAGGAUGAAGACUAGCAGCCUCUCGGGAUGAACUCGGAACAGCCCUCACUGGCGGGGAGACCAGCUUCCAAGUUUUGCCACUGAUGAAGUGGUACAAAUUGUUCAGUGACCAAGAGAUCUCUCUGCCGAGAGGCAGCAGUUCUCAAAAAACAUGGCGAACCAACAUCCUCAUGAUCAUGAUUCUUAUCCACAGAGAAAACAGCUGAUAUCUGCCCAGCCUCUUCAGGAAAGUAGGGAAGUUACAGCAAUAUCCCACUGUUUUUUUUUUUUUUAACUACUACUGUUUGUUUCAGAAGCUUUUGUAUAGUUUUAAAGAAACAUCUUAUUAAGUUUCUAAUAUAUUAACGCUUUGUGCAAUUACCUGUUAAAGUAAAUAUAUUACUCUUCAAAAAAUUUUUUUUUUAAUUUUUUUUGGAAACAUUAAGCUUCAUGAUGCUUGUGCCCCGAGAACAUUUUCUUGCUUUUAUACCCCAUGCAAAGUUAUGGCCUGCAGGCCUUGGUGAGUUUGACCAGCUCUGUAAUAUGUCUUCACAAAAUGAGCCAGAUGUGCAGAAGAACCUCCAUUUAAACUUUGUCACUUUUCAACAUGCUUUUAUUUAGACUAAUCAAAUGUGAGGGUGCGAUUUAGGAUCACCAUGGUUACUGCCUGACAUUCAACACUAUAGCUCCGUGUACCUCAUAUGCAUAAGUCAUUCUGUAGUGUACAAUACAAAGUGCUGGGGUUCUUCUCCUUUUAUGUACAUGGUUCUAUACACUGAUGCUGUAGUCCUUCUGGAGUCUUCACAUCUUCAGGGAGAGAGAGAGAAUAAAGCAUUGAUGUGCUGAGUCCUCAACGGACAUUGUUACCCAU